UGGCACGGCUCCGCGCCGGGCACGGCUUCGUACCGGGGCCCCGGGGGCCGCGGGCAGCAGCGGCGGCGGCAGGAGGGGCCGGGGCUUUCGGGCCGACGCAGUUCGCCGAGGAGGGAGGCCGGGCGGAGCGCCAGGCGCGGCCCCGCAGGCUCUUUCUCAGGCACUGAAUGGCUUUUUUUCCACCGGUGGCUCCUGUGGUGGCAGCUACUAAGAUUGUUCCUGGUUCCCAGCUAAAACACCAGAAAAACAACUUUCAGCAUGAACUCAUAACUGACAAAGAGGAAAGUUUGAAGGAUCCCUGUGCCCAAAAGAGCCAAAGAUGUUCUUAUUCUAUUUCGGCAGAAAACACUCAAUACGGGCACGGAGGCUUCUGUUCAGCUGGACUACAGAGUAAGCACCUCACCAGCCAGGCCUGUACUCUGUCAGCUACAUCGGCAGACAGACAGAAAGAAGGAGUGGACCGUGCAUAUCCCCUGAAACCAAUUUCUCACCACAACAGUGUGAGUGUUCCAGUGGUCAACACAGCACAGCUCGGAAGUUCCCCAUACAUGCAGGAAACUCCAAAUAGUAAAUCAAGCUCAAUGAGCAAAGGGAAGGCUCCAGUAGGGAGAUCUGCAGCACUCUGUCCUUGGACAGUAGAGCCUGAACCAUCGACCCCCCAUCUAUACAGGAGAGAGCUGGCCUACAUCCUAAAGUUGGAAGCAGACGGAAGGAACCUAGAAGAGGCGAUUCAAAAGAAAGAGGUCCUUCUCGAAGAGAAACUGAGGAGAACAAAGGAGACACUUAGGAGGAUUCAAAGAGAGAAGGAGCUUAUCAAGGCAGAGCAGAGAAGAGACAGUAGAGCUGAGAGGACCCGUGAGCAAAAGGCUGCAAAGGACCCUGAAGAGAAAACUUUCAGAGUUGCAGUCAGGCCAGGUGGUGGGGUCUUUGGUGGGGCACAGUCUGCAGAGGCCAUUAUCCCCAAGCCUGGCACCACUCACCACCCCCAAGAGCUGGCUGUGGGGAAACUCAGGAAGGAGCAGCUGGUGGCCAACAACAGCAAAAUGCGAGACAGCAUACCCAUGGAGCAUUUAGCUUCUUGUUCAAAGCUGGCCCUAAAACAUAGCCCUUCUCCCUCUGCCCUCUCAGACCAAGAUUCUGGUGACCACUUGUCUGCAGAGAUGCUGUUUAUGCAGGCUGCCAGUGCUGUGGAGCAGGAGGGGCUUGGACAGUGCAGCUUCUGCAAUCGUAAGUUUCUCUGCUCCAGGCUUGAGAAACACAUGAGUAUCUGUGGCAAGAACCAAGUCUCCAAGAGGAAAGUGUUUGACUCCAGCAAGGCCAGAGCUAGGGGAACAGAACUCGAACAGUGGAAGAGCUCAAGGAGUCCUCAGAGUGAGACACUACCAAGAAGGAACAACUGGAAACAGAAGCAUGAGGCUCUCAUCCAGACUGUGUGCCAGGCCCGCCAGCUGCAGCAAGUCCUCACUAAGGGAGGGAAGGUGUCUGAUCUGCCUCCAUUGCCUCCCAUGGAAAACCCAGACUAUGUUGCCUGCACCUACUGUGGACGCCAGUUUGCUCCCCGAGCAGCUGAGAGACAUAUUCCCAAAUGCAAAACCAUAAAGAAUAGGCCCCCACCCCCACCACAGAGAAGGCGCUGCUGAGGCAGUGCCCAACUGUACCUGCUGCUGUGAUUCCCUGCCUCUUUUUUGCCAGGUUUCCAGCUAUAGACACUUGUGCUUUCCCUAGUCUCAAGACUGGCUGCAAGCUUGUGUGUAUAGUUAGUGAACAGCUCAGGAUGUAUAAGCAGAAUACUAGAACUUGUGUACUUUGACCUGUGCCCUUGGGUUGCCCCACGUGGGAUGCCCCUUUCCUCAGCACAAGAAGCUUGGGAUCAGACAGUCAGGGGUUCAGAAAAGCUAGCAGUAGCAGGCACUUACUGUUUGAAUCCAUGUCAAUUCAUGUGCAUAGAACAACAGAGAUACUCUGAACCAGCCAGGCCCUUGAGGCAACAAGAACAACCAUCACAAUCAAUAAUUAGAUUUAAUAUAAAAAAAUAGGCCAAAUUGCUAGGGAACUCUAAAAAAACAAAGCUUGCACCCUUUCUUGAAUCAUCUGCUUAUUUUCACCUUGGUUGCUGGAAUGGUAGGGAAUUAUGAUAAAAACAUAACCCUGCUUUUGUUUUCUUCUUGAGAUGUUAUUUUUCUACAUUCAGAUUAUUAAAUAUAUUAAACUAGUUCUGUUGUGUAAAUGUGGUUUUAAAUGGUCACAUAGUGGUCUGUGUUCUCAAAGUAAGAAUGACUACUUUGUAUGAGAAAGUUGCAACAAGAAGCAAACAAACAAAAAAAUUCCAGCAGCUCCUUUUUCGAGUCCUCUGGUAACAUAGCAGCAGCUCAUAGGAACCUAUGAAAAGAUCAAAAGCAAUUAGAUUAAGCUGGAAUAGUCAGAAGCUGAAUAUGCAGAAAUACUCCAGUCUUCAAUAGGUGAACCUGACUCCUGAAAGAAGUUGGAGGGCUUCUGCCUUAUAUAUAUGUGGGCAGAAAUCUCAAUCCCUUGGCACACCCUAGGAAACAUGAAGGUCCUGGAAAGGGUCAGUGCUGCACUGUGCCAGCCAGCGAUGUGUGUACAAACCUGAGAGGAAAAACAGACUCUAAACAAGGGAAAAUAAUUUGUUGUAUCCAAACACUGAUCGGAAAAGCAAGGCCAAUAACUUCAGAUAUUCAAAAAACAGGACAGCAAGGGGUGACAAGAGGUAGGAAAGGGGUAAACCGGAACUUUUAUGCGAGCCUCCAUGAAUUCAUGAGA